AUGCUAGAGGCUGCUCAAGACCCGUCCCACGGGCCCGAUCCGCCGACUAGCUCAGUUCUGGAGGGCCAACCGUCUAUCGUCGAUCGAGGGCUCCUGGAUGAAGCCGAGGCCGAAGGCUUGGUGGCGUCCUUUCAGCUUGACUUUAUCCCCAAGUUUCCCUUUGUAUUGCUUCCAAACGGCGAGACGGCGGCUCGGCUCCGGGGCCGAGAGCCCUUUCUGUUUCUGUGCGUCGUGGCUGCGGCCAUGGGGAGUGCGCACCCUCUGCGUAGGACUGUCGUUGAAGAGAUUAUGGAGCACGUUACACUGAGAAUUGUGACACGCUCUGAGAGGAACCUCGAGCUGCUCCGUGGUCUUCUCGGUGGCAUACUCAGCCGGCCGGUUACUAUGAAGCAUGAUGGUCGAAUCGAUGCGUGCAUGGAACAUAUGGCAUCUUCCGAGCGGCUGUCAGAUCGGUGGAUCGCGCCAUUCAUCCAUAUACAGUCUUUCCUGGCAACAAUGGAUGAAACUUACGCGUCGAUGCAAGCAAGUGCGAAUGCAAUCCGCACUGAAGUCAAGUAUGUGGAAAUGAGGUUGGAGGAAUUGUCCCUUCGCGAGGAACUGUGGACUGCCGAGCCUGCCAGCGCAGUCCGGACAACCAUGUUGAUGGGUAUAAUCCAGCGCGGCAAGGAACUCAUUCACACGAUCAGAAAUCUACUGCCGUCGGAAAUUGCCCAGAUGACGGUCACUACCAGUAGUCGUGUGUGUGCCGCAAUCGGCUACAUUCCCACUGCCGUAUUGACCCUUCUCAAGCUCGUUACUGCUUCGACCGACUCCGCCGUGGAAGCUCAGGUGCAGGCCGUUGUUGAUGCCGCAGAUUAUCCCAAUCUUGUUACAGAACUUGCCACCGCGCUGGAGAGGCAAUUCAAGGGAAUGUCCGCGGCAGACAGAGAGACGGACAUUGUGGGGAGUAUUUGCUCGAAGAUGAGGCUGCUAGCGCGGUGUUAUCCAUACCAAGUCAGGGCAAUUGUUGGAAAUGCCCCGUCCCAGGAUGCAAGGCAGGAAAAUACGUCUAUGGCGGUAGAUCACGCCAAUGAUGAUGCUACCAUGACAUCGCAAGCCUGGCCAUUUAUUUAUGGCGAUCUGGGCAAUAUGUUCGCUGUCGAUGACAUCCAGUGGGAUUCUCUACUGAGUGACUUUACUGGUUUUAACUAG